AUGUGUGAGUUGAGCUUGCAUCGACGUACUUGGACACUCGCUAAUGGUUUGUGUUGGCCAGACGAAAACUAUGAUGAUCCUCUAUAUUCUUCAUGGCAUAUCAUCAAUGCAACUAGCAGUGUUUCACCUCAAGAAUGCCAUUAUCUAUUUCGAUGUUUUUUUACGGACAAUUUUGAACGAGACUGUCCAUGUAAAGACUACGAUUGUAUAGCAAUAAUGAAACGUGUAUGUCCAAUGAAAUCUCAUGUUAAUUAUCCACCACCAGGUGUAAUUGAUAAUAAUACAUUCAUCUUAUACGACAUGUCAACAUUAUCUAAAAAAGAUCCAAAUAAUUACAUGUUCUUACUUUAUGGUGAAGUCUUAUGCAGAGGAUAUGAAUUCGUAUUGUUUUCUCACAAACCAAUAGGUUUAUCGCCUCAUAUGGUUGCAUUACGUGGUGCAAACGCAGUGCUUUGUGACAUGAACGGAACCCGAAAUUACUUUUCGUCUUUUCAACAUGACAAGUUUUGUUGGAAUGAAUCUUUAACAUUCAAUGGCCGCCCGUAUGCUGUUGCCCUUGAAGUUUGCCACAUUGGAGGAUCUUGUAUCUCCCAGUAUCGAAUUCGGGACGGAUUUGGUGAUUGUCUUUAUAAUCAAGAUGAACACGAAGUAUUCGAGAAAGAUUAUUGUACAGGAAAUGUCGGUCGACAUCGCUUCCGAUGUUUUAAUGACGAACACAAUUGUCUUCAUUUGCGCGAAAUGAGCAAUGAACGCGAUCAUUGUUCAAAUAUGUUUGAUGAACUAUGGUAUGGUACUGUAAAGAUUGGUAGUAAAAUUGGAUUCUGUGAAAAACAUGGUAGUACAAAAUGUAAAGCGUGGAGAGAAUAUAUCACGAUGUCAUCUACAAAUAUUACAGUCAGUAAUCAUUCGCUUGACCAUUCUGAAUCAUCGACACCGCUUACUAAUAUAGAAUUUCGACGGUAUUGUGAUAGCUUUUGGGAUAUGAAUGCACGAGCUGAUGAAUUACCUUCUUAUUGUCGCUAUUGGGUGUGUCUAAAGCACGAAUAUCAAUGUCAAACUGGUCAAUGUAUACCGGUUGAAUGGGUAUGUGAUGGAAUAUGGGAUUGUAGCGAUGCUUCAGAUGAAGAAGCUAUUGUGCUAAUUAAAAAAUGGUCUUCUCAUAACAUUAAUCUGUAUAAUUUGGAAAAUCGAACCGAAGAAUGUCGAAAAAAAUAUUCACAAUUACCAUUUUCUAAAAUUUGCAAUGUUUCUUUUGAAUUUGGUUGCUAUCUAUCUCGAGUAUCAAAUCCAUUAGAUAUAGUCACCAAUCGUCCAUGCAUAAAUUUUACUCAAAUUGGAGACGGUGUAGAAGAUUGCUACAAUGCUUAUGAUGAAAAGAAUACAAUUGCGAUCGGUUCAGAAAUGUUAGGUUUUAUACUGCGUUGUGAGAACACAUUCAUACAUCAUCGAUUUGCUUGUCUGGAUGUAGUCGUUCAUAAUUGUACGCAAGUUCUCUGCUCCAAACAUCGAGAUGAAAACAAAACAUGUUCUGGUAAUUCUGAUUUCAUUUGUCUUGUAAAUAACAAGUGCAUGAAAAAUGUAAGGUGUGAUGGCAAACCAGAUUGUCCACACGGAGAAGAUGAAUAUUGGUGUGAUUUUAGCAUGGGUCAGAGCCAAUUCUCUUAUCGUCGGAACAAAUGGCUAUCCAAGAACUCUUAUGCGUAUAAUUUCAAUUUUCCAUCAUUUCCAUUUAAAAAUGGAAGUCAGCCUAUUUUCAUGAAAGAAAACGUUUUGUACAUCGAAUCUCGAAAGAAUCAUUCUUUCAUGGCUCAUUCUUAUCAAUGUAAUCGAGGUGUAGCUAUUCUUCAAAUAAAUAAAACUAUAUGUUUGUGUCCACCUGCAUAUUAUGGAGAAUGGUGCGAAUUUUUCAGUGAUCGAAUCACCGUUAUUGCUCGUCUUGAUCAAGAAACAUUACCGAAAACAAUCGUAGAUUAUACCUUCAAAGUUCAAUGCAAUUUUCUUUUUCGCAAUACAAUUAUUGAUUCUCAUGAAUUUAUUAUUGUUCGACAAAAUCCAAAAAUCCAAAACAUGAAAUAUAAAUUUUAUCUUUUAUAUUCACGUUCUGAUCAUAUGCUUGAACACAAACGGACACGUUAUUUCAAUCGUAGUGAUAUAAUUAAUAACCAUCCGUAUUCACUUCAUUUUGAUAUUUUCUUAUCAGAACAGAAUAAAACUAUGAAAGAAAUUGGUUCAUGGCAUUAUCAAAUUUACUUUGAUUAUUUACCUGCAUUUCGUUUGGCUGUUGUCCUGAAAUUUCCAUUCUGGUUUGGUAAUUCUACACUUGAUCCUUGCUUAAAAAAUAAUUGCUCUGAACAUUCUAUUUGCAUGUCAAUUUUAAAUCUCAAUCAUUCCUAUUAUUGUUCAUGCAAGAAUGGUUAUUACGGAAGAGAUUGUAACAAUUAUGAACCUCUUUGUAACAGAUACUGUUCGAAAAAUUCAAUUUGUCGACCUGAUCAUAAUGCUAUUCUAAUCAGUCAAAGAAAGCCAUAUUGUAUAUGCCCACUAAAUUAUUUUGGGCCACGAUGUGUUUUAAAAACUGAUGUAUGCUAUUCUGAUCCUUGUUUAAACAAUGGAACUUGCUUGGUUCGAGAACAUCUAAAUGGAGAUAUGUCAUACAUUUGUAACUGUUCUUCGAGAUUCUAUGGUAAUCAAUGCCAAAAAGAAAAAGCACCUGUUUAUGUAGAUCUCAACAUAAAAAAUGAUUCGUUUGUUCGUGCAACUGUUAUUCAACUGUACAAUCCACGUAAUACUGCACUUCACAUCCAAUAUCAACAAGUACACUAUGGUUUGCCAUCAAGAGUUCACUAUGCUCAUGAAGGUUCUUAUGUGCCACCUUUUGGUAUUGUAAAAACUUAUACGCAUGAAACAAAUCCACAGUAUUUUAUUGUAUAUGUAAAACAAGAGCAGAGAAUCAAUAUAACAUCAUCUCCUCACCAGUGUCCUCAUGCUUUAUCAAUUCUAUCUGAAGAUAGUAGUCCAUCUAUACCAGCUGUUUUUAAGUAUCAUCAAAUUUGUCAAAAUAAUACUGAAAAGUAUUGUUUUUAUGAUGAAAUCUAUUUCUGUUUUUGUUCACUAGACCAUUAUGAAGCUGGUUGUUUUCUUCAUAAUCCUCAAAUUGAUCAUUGUAGCAAAUGUUUAUCUACAGGUCGAUGUCUUCAUGGUGAUCUAAACAAUACAAAGGAUUUCAUUUGUCUUUGUCCAAAUUGUUAUCAAGGACCUCUUUGUGAACUCAAUUUACAAGCAUUUGGUUUUACUCUCGAUUCACUCCUUAUCGAAUUUUCCAAGCAAAGGAAAAUUAUCUAUACUUCUAUAGCUUUGUUACUUGUCAUUGUCGGUCUCUUCAAUAAUAUAUGUUCAUUCAUUACAUUCAAACGACCUGCACCUCGAAAAGCUGCAGCUGGUAACUAUUUAUUGUUGGCUUCUGUUCUUAAUCAGGCUGCUCUACUUUGCUUACUUCUCAAACUUAUUGAAAUCACAUUUGAAAUUCCUAAUGAACAUUUAUGCAAGGCAAUGUCCUAUCUUCUUUCUGUAUUAACGAGAGCCACCUUCUAUCUAACAAGUUGGAUUACUGUUCAUGGUGUUCUCAUGACUAUUUCUCCAAAUAGAAGUGCUUCAAAAAAUCCUCGUAUAGCUAUCGUAGUGAGCACAGUUACAUUGGUGAUCAUAUUGGCUAUGCAUACACAUGAAAUUAUCUAUUCAAGUGUUAUUCAACAUGUUUCAACUGAUUCAUUUAUGUGUGUUAUUGACAUUCGUAUUCAAUCCAUUUUGACUUACAACCGUAUUGCAACUUUAAUAGAUUAUCUCUUACCAUUCUCUAUUCAAAUUAUUUGCAUUACUACCCUUAUUGUUAAGGCUGCUCAAAGUCGACUUAAAGCAACUAGAGAAAGCAACACAUUUUAUCAAGUAUUGAAAAAACAAUUUCAAACACAAAAAGAUCUUUAUAUCAUACCAAUAACUAUUGUACUGUCUUCUCUACCACAAAUCAUUAUCACAUUUAGUUUAGCAUGUAAACAUCAGGAAGAUUGGCAGCGUCAUACAUUACUUUGUGCCUAUUUACUUUCUUAUGCACCACAAAUUCUUGGUUUCAUUCUCUAUGUCUUACCAUCAACUCUUUACAAAAAGGAAUUCAAUCAGACAUUAAUUGGUAAGCACAUAUUACGAUGGAUAUUGCAGAAGAAGCAAUAG